AAGUUCGUUGCCUCUGUUUGCUUGUUCAGAAAACAAAACAAAAUUUAAAAAAGUACUGAAAUCUGGGUUUACUAUUUUUUUGUAUGCUUCUUUUUUGGAAGCACAGAGCUUGACGAAUAUAUUGUUAUUGCUGUUCUUUGAUUGUCUUCCUUCCUAUUUGACUUCUGGGUAUCCGUUAUUUUAGUUAGUUUAUUUUUAUUUAUUUAUUUUGUUUUCUUCUCUGUUGCUUGACGAUAAGACAGUAAUUUGAGCCUCGGUUGAAGAAUCUAAAACAACAACCUAAAACAACAACCCAAUAUAAAGGUUGUAUUAGCCAUCUGUUUCAGUUGAGGUAGUAUGGAUGACAGUCAUAUCAAUGCAAGUGCAAGCUCGAGUUCAAGUUUGAGUAGCAGUUUCCAGGAUACCGAGGAUGACCAAACCAUUGCAAGCAUCUUAGCCGAAGAGGAAAGUUCAAAAUUUGAUCGCAGGCUUGGGAAGAGACUCUCCCAUUUGGAUUCCAUUCCGCAUACUCCCCGGGUUAAUGGGGAAAUUCCUGAUGUAAAUGAUGCAACCUUAGACCAUGAGCGGCUGUCUGAAAGGUUGGUAACAUAUGGAUUAGCUGAACUGCAAAUGGAGGGUGAUGGGAAUUGUCAGUUUCGAGCUGUAGCAGAUCAGUUGUUUCGCAAUCCGGAUUAUCACAAGCAUGUAAGGAAGCAGGUCAUCAAGCAGCUAAAGCAUUUCAGAAAAUUCUAUGAAGGUUAUGUCCCAGAGAAGUACAGAAGCUACAUAAAGAAGAUGAAAAAAUCAGGUGAGUGGGGAGAUCAUAUUACUCUACAGGCAGCUGCAGACCGAUUUGAUGCCAAAAUCUGUUUAGUAACCUCUUUUCGAGACACUUGUUAUAUUGAGAUCCUUCCGAAAGACAAGAAUCCCACCAGAGAGCUCUGGCUGAGCUUUUGGAGUGAAGUGCAUUAUAAUUCGUUAUACGGAAGUGGAGAUGUUCCCACCAGGGCAGCUAGAAAAAAGUAUUGGCUUUUCUAGAUUUUAAAACAUCAUGAGGCCAAUUUGUGCGAUUCGCCAUUGUUUACUCUCCAAUACUGGCCAGCCUUUGUUCUUGCAAUGUAACUUGUCAUUUUUCAUGACUCUAGAAUUUGUGCAAAAGAUAUGAAGAAUAUAUAUAUAUAUAUAGAGAGAGAGAGAGAGAGAAUAUCAGAUCUCAGUCAUUUUUGUAUAUAAAAGUGCAUUAAAAUUUGAUUGUAUCUUUUCAUUUUUAACUGUACAUGGUAAAAAGAAGGGUGAGUCUAGUCUCCUCCGAAACUAGCUCUCAAUCUCCUGAUGCACCGAACAAAAAAUGAAAGAGAAAAUACCAAAUUUUCUUUU